AUGAGCCACCUCGUCCUGCUAUCCCUCGCCGUCGUGCUGCUGGCGCGGCGCGCCGCGGCGUAUCCGUGGCAGGUGUGCGGCACGGCAGCCAACUUCACGGCCAACAGCACGUACCAGGCCAACCUGGGCCUCGUCGCCGCGGCGCUGCCCAGGAACAUCUCGUCGUCCACGGACCUCUUCGCCACCGCCGUGGUCGGCGCCGCCCCGGACAAGGUCUGGGCGCUCGCGCUCUGCCGGGGCGACGCCAACGCCACGGCCUGCUCCGGCUGCCUCGCCAUGGCGUUCCAGGACGUGCAGAACCAGUGCGCCUACGACAGGGACGCCGCCAUCUACUACGACCCCUGCGCGCUCUACUACACCUCCAACGCCACCUCCCUCUCCUCCUUGGACAGCGUCGGGAGGACGAACCGCGUCAACAACCAGAACGUCACGUCCGACCCCGGGCGGUUCAACCGCCAGGCGGCCGCGGUCGUGAACGCCACCGCAGACUACGCGGCGUACAACUCCACGCGGCGGUACGCGUCCGGGGAGGCCGACCUCGGCGGCCAGUUCACCAGGGUGUACAGCUGGGCGCAGUGCACGCCGGACAUGACGCCGGCGAGGUGCCGUGGUUGCCUCGCCGGACUCAUCGCCAGUAUGCCGAGGCGGCUCGCCGACCGCGUCGGAGCGAGAUCACUUGGGGUCAGGUGCAGCUACCGAUACGAGACGUACUCCUUCCUCGGCGGCCCGGUGAUGGUCAGGCUGGCAGCGCCGCCGCCGAGCUCGCCAGCGCCUGCGCCUGCAGUUGGGCCCGCGGUUCCAACUCCAGGGCCGGUCGCCGGAGGUGAGUCUUGGUAUGUUUUAUCCGGUCGCUAGCGUGACAGAUUACCUUGUUCCAUGGAAGAUUUCCAUUAGUACUGAUGAGUCAUUUAGCAAUCAUUC